UGCAACAGCUAUAGCUACAUCUGCUACUUUCCUUAAACUCAAAUAACAUGAACUUCUACAAGAUCUUCGUCUUCGUGGCCCUCAUCCUGGCCAUCAGCUUUGGGCAAUCCGAAGCAGGUUGGCUUAAGAAAAUUGGCAAGAAGAUUGAACGCGUUGGCCAGCACACUAGGGAUGCCACGAUCCAGGGACUGGGAAUCGCUCAACAGGCCGCCAAUGUUGCUGCCACCGCUAGAGGAUAAACUGGACAUACACUGUGCUUUUACUAUGAACAUAUUUAUUUAUUUUAAUAUAAAAUGACAGACUUAAGCUAAUAAAAUAUCCAUGAAGAAAAACUG